UUAGAGACCCACAUUUUGAUUUAGUUAAUGUGCCCCGCUGAUAGAGUGUCCUUCCUCAGGAGCCGAGUGGACGACCAAUAAACAGCAAAGGAGUGACUGGUGAGAGCUCAUCAAUACCAAGCCAUCAAUCACAAUGCAUUGGUGCGUCAAGGGGUGGGUUGUAUCUGGCCUUCACGUUGGCCCAUUGUUGACUUUUAACAAUGCAUUCAUUAUUCAUGACUUGGGCUGCCGUUGAAUAUUCAUGAGUGGGUGAUGCUGCCUUGGAACUUUCUCUGGUGUUUCAGCCAAUGGGGAGCUUUCCCUGACUUGUGCUUAUUUACAUACAGUGAAAGCUAUUGGCUGGUGUGGUACCCAUGGUUCAGGAGUUGGUCUUGACGGGUUGGACAAUAUUUCUCGGAGCAGGGGAUAGAUGGCGUGAUGUUUUGAUUUUGCCGUGGAUCGGAUCAUUCAGUAGGUUGGGGUUGUUCGUCUACGUAGUCCUGUUCUUUUGAUCAUCUUUGGGUGGAGUGGAUACCGGUCGCUAUGAAGUACUCCAUGCAUCAGCAGUAUUACGACGGUAGUUUACCGGGCAGUAUUUGCACCAUGGCGGAGGAGUAUAACAAUAGCACAGCGGCUGUUGGAUACUGCAUCAGUGGGCAAGGGGUUGAGGCUUGUGUUCCCCAUGGCGGCAUGUUCAUCCAUGAUGGCAUGAUGACCCCCGCGCUAUCCCCCAGCCGCAAGAUUCUCUGCCAGGUUUGUGGAGCCUUGUCUUCAGGUCUUCACUUUGGUGUCUUCACUUGCGAAGGAUGCAAGUGCUUCUACCGACGGAGCAUCAAAGAGGGCGCCAAUUACGCCUGUGCUAAAGAUCGUAACUGUGACAUCACCAUGGAAACGCGCAACUCUUGUCGCUUCUGUCGUUUCCAGAAGUGCCUGGCAUUGGGCAUGUCCAAGGAAGGAAUCAAAUUAGGACGCCGUCCGAAAGUGGACAGUGAUGUUUUUCAGCAGGGAUUUUAUCACGCGGGAGAUAUGGAAAUGCUGCACAGCCACGGUCAACAGACCUACUCCUGGCCUGGCACUGAUCACUUGGGAACUCACUAUCCUACCUCCUUCAAAUCAGAACCGGCAUUUAUAGACCUUGAAGGAAGGGGCAAGGACGGAUACGACGAACAGCCUGUCAUGAAUUACUCCAUGAAACGUGAGGCCUAUGUGGCGUGUGACCAGCACAAUGGCUUGCAUUAUCCCCACCAGGGGAGCUACUUAAUGCCCGGCCAGCAGCCGAGUGUGAAUGCGGUGCCCACCAGCCCCGCGAGUCGGGACCAUUAUGAACAGGUUUACGGCUCCCCUAUGGAGGCUGGCAUUCACCCGCGACAGCAGGUGUACCUCCCUCCUGACGGUCCCUCGCACCCACACCACACCGCCCCCAUGUCUAACCCGGUACCCAUUAUGCACGCCCCGACGCCCCACCCACCCUCCACCCAGUCCCGGAUGGAGCACGACGGCUCACGUAGCUGGACAGCAGGGUUGAGCCCCACCAGCAGCAUGUCAUCAGGCAGUGAGGAAGCCUGGGAAGGGACGGUUUUCCAGGGCAGUCAUCCCUCCUCUGUCACCCUCACGCUACCUGAGGUGCACAGCGGGGCGGUGGCAGCCAUGGCCUACGCUAACCUCUACCGAGGGAAAAACGAGAGCCCUUCCUCAACCUCCUCGUCAAUAUCCACACCAGAGCGUUCCAAGGACGACGAAAAUCCAGCCCCAAAGAGACCAACUGAAGCUACUUUUCACUCUGAAGCAGAGCGGGGCUCCCGCAGCUACACAGAACUGGUGCCCAGGAAAAACAACCAGAAAACAGACUCUGUGAUGCAGCCCGUUGUGGAAAGACACGAAGGGUACAUUGACAAACUGCAAGCCAUGCAGAGCUCCAUCGCUCUGUCACCCAAGCCGGCAUCACCGGCAAGCGGCAAUAAUAACAAUGAGGUUUGGGUCAGGCACCCCGACAGCAGACAGCCGUCAGGGAUGGUUGUAGGAGGUUCAGGCGGGCUGUUGGAUCUCUCUCAUCAUAGUGCAAACCUGAAGAUGAAACAGGAAGAAAACCAAGACAGAGAAUCACAGGGAGAUCUCCUCCACAGCAUCAUGACUCAUUUCUUGCAGCUUAAGAUGGACGUGGUUACGCAGUGGAAAGUUUACCACAGCAAGGUGUCAAGUGAUGAAGCGACUGACAUCAGCUGGAAGGAGGUAGAAAGUUUUGUAAAUUCCUCUUAUGAAAUUACUGAAUGCAUCAGAAGUUACGUUUGCAAGGUCCUGGGUUUGGCACAGCAGAACUGCAGCUCUGGGGUGGAGUUGGUCUGGUCCUCUCUGGCCGUCGUGGUCAAGACUUGUCUGCUGCUGGACCUUCCGACCGGUGAUCAGAUGAGGAAGGCUGGAGGUGGGCGGGACCCCCCUCAACUCCAGAAGGAGGAGGCGGCCUGCAUCAGCAUUCUAGCUUUGUUCUCCUCAAUGGCCGCUACAGGCAGCGAUGAUGCAUCUUUGGCCGAUGCAUGUCAGUGGAUAUGUUGUAUUGCACAGGACUACCUCAAAGAGAAGUGUGAGACAGAGGAGAGAUUUCAACAAGUCAUCCAGCUUCUACAGGGAGAUUCAACUGCAACACUUAUCUCCUCACCAACCUGAAGAAAAUACACUCCUUAUUCAUUCCAUCUGGUCCCUAAUAGGUCAAAAUAAGCAAAGUUGGGAGCUUUGAAUUGAUAUAUUUAGACUUGUUUUAGCGGUGUGAUUUGGACAAACUUGUUAAGCAAAUUUCAAUCCAAAACAGAAGUAUUCUGUCUCCAACUACCUCUCUCGCCCUCCUCCCUGUCAUAUCUGAAAUGUUUCUGAAAUCAAGGCCCUUUUCUCAGCCGGAGAAACGCACUUACUUUAAUUCCUGCUUAUCACUAUAUGAUAUUCAGGGGAUCAUGCAAACCAGCCAAAAACAUCAACUAAAAGACAGACACGUGUGGAAGGCUGGAUUCCUGAAUUGACAUUUAUUCAAAGCAGUCUUUGAAGAGUUUGUUUCCUAACGCGACUUCCAGUUGGAAACAGUCAAAAGAGUCACACAGUUAGGAGACUUUAUAGAACAAACACAGUCUAAAAGCUGUUUCCCAACUUCAUUUUUGCGUUAUUGUAUUCUUAAAUGGAAGAAAAUGGAAGAGGUAAACAGGAAAAAAAUUGCCUGGCAAAUUCUUGUGCUAUCAGAUGAGAAGAUGUAUACAUUUGCAGAACAUUUUGGCUGACGACCAGGGAACAAUUUUGCUGCUAAGGUGGAAAUAUUGCUAAGAAAACACAUGAGCAAGCAUCAAAAUGAACGAGAACCAGUUUUGGCUGGACAUGGUUUGUUUUUUCUCACCAGAUAUUUUCUCUGCCUUAGCAGAUCUGUUUGUUUGGAAGUUCCAUGAAAAUUGCCCCCAUUUUGUUAUUCUGCUUUUAGCGCUGUUUCCAGAACUUAGCCCCUGGUGAAACAGAAGUUACUGUUAGACACUGUCGGCAUCCACAAACGAAGUACGCUGAUAUGUGUAAACAUGCAGGAGGUCGUGUACAAAUUUCAGUUUUGGCUUCGCACCUCAAGAGUUCCCAAUUCCAAAUAAUGAAAGGCGGAUGUAAUUAUUCAAUUGGAAGAAACUUUGAACGAAAAGACAGAAAUUCAUACGUACUGAUCCUCAAUGGCUUCAACACGUAGUUCCAGUGUCACUUUCUCAUAUCAUUUAUUAGAAAAAUGCAUAAAGUGAUAGUGUUACACGUUAGGGAUACGCAAUACGGGAGCAAAUUUCAAACCUGCUGAAACUCUUUAAUAAUUCUUCUUUUAAGCUUGCUUUGUUGCAUCAUGCAGUUUUUGCUUUGUUGCAUCAGGCAACAACAUCC